AAUUGUACAUAUUCUAUCUUUGAGCAGACAGAUUAAAGCCCUCCUUUUUCUUUCUUUCUUUGUUACUUCCUUUCUUUCUUUCUGUUUUUCCUCCCUUUUCUGCUUCUUGUGCUUGAUAAAUAUAUAUAUAGACAUAUGCAUAUGCAACCUGGUUAAAACCAAGUACUAGCCAGCAAGUUUUUUUAUCCUUUUUUUUUUAUUCUUUUUUUUUUCUGAGAAGGAAAAUGGAAAUGGGUUCUCCACAAAAGAAUAGUAAGGAGCUUCAGAACAAGGAAAACAAUUCCUCCAUAGCCAUAAUAGUGAGAUAUGCAGAUUGGGUAGAUAUAUUGCUGAUGGUUUUGGGAACAGUUGGAGCUAUUGGAGAUGGAAUGUCUACAAACUGUUUGCUUGUAUUCGCAAGCCGUCUUAUGAAUAGUUUAGGAUACGGUCAGAACAAACAGUUUCAUGGAAAUUUCAUGGAUGAGGUUGAAAAGUGCAGCUUGAACUUUGUAUACUUGGGAUUAGCAGUAAUGGUGUUGGCUUUUAUGGAAGGAUAUUGUUGGAGCAAAACCAGUGAGAGACAGGUUCUGAGGAUUCGUUUCAAGUACUUAGAAGCUGUACUGAGACAAGAAGUUGGGUUUUUUGAUUCACAAGAGGCUACUACGUCGGAGAUCAUUAACAGUAUUUCCAAAGAUACCUCUCUCAUACAAGAAGUCCUUAGCGAGAAGGUACCCAUUUUCUUGAUGCACUCAUCAGUGUUCAUAUCAGGGCUAGCUUUCUCAACUUUCUUCUCAUGGAGGCUAUCUCUCGUGGCUUUUCCGACGUUGAUUCUUCUCAUAAUACCCGGAAUGAUUUACGGAAAGUACCUACUGUUUCUGUCAAGAAAGUCUGGGAAAGAGUAUCAGAAAGCAAACACCAUCUUGGAACAGGCUUUAAGCUCCAUUAAAACAGUGUAUGCAUUCACUGCAGAGAGAAGAAUUGUUGAAAAGUAUUCAAAGAUAUUGGAUAGAACAACAAAGUUGGGUAUUAAACAAGGCAUUGCAAAAGGAUUGGCCGUGGGAAGCACAGGGAUUUCGUUUUCGAUAUGGGCUUUUCUUGCUUGGUAUGGAAGUCGUUUGGUCAUGUAUAAAGGGGAAACCGGUGGACGAAUCUAUGCAGCUGGAAUUUCAUUCGUAUUAAGUGGACUAUCCCUUGGAAUGGCACUUCCAGAUUUAAAGUACUUCACAGAAGCCUCAGUUGCUGCACAGAGAAUAUUUGUUAGGAUUGAUCGAGUACCAGCUAUAGAUGGAGAAGAAACAAAAGGAAUUGUAUUGGACAACAUUAGAGGUGAUUUAGAAUAUGAUAAUGUCAAGUUCACAUAUCCUUCUCGACCGGACACAAUGGUCCUCAAGGAUUUCAGUCUCAAAGUAGAAGCAGGAAAGAGUGUUGCACUUGUUGGGGCAAGUGGAAGUGGAAAAUCCACAGCCAUUGCAUUGGUUCAAAGGUUUUAUGAUACUGAUGAAGGAGUAGUUCGGAUUGAUGGUGUAGAUAUCAGGACACUGCAGUUGAAAUGGCUGAGGGAGAAAAUGGGACUUGUCAGUCAAGAACAUGCUUUGUUUGGGACAACUAUAACGGGGAAUAUUAUGUUUGGUAAGCUUGAUGCGACCAUGGAUGAAGUCAUGGCUGCUUCAAUGGCUGCCAAUGCUCAUAAUUUCAUAAGGCAGCUUCCAGAAGGGUAUGAAACCAAGAUUGGAGAGAGAGGAGCACUUUUAUCAGGAGGACAGAAGCAGCGGAUUGCCAUAGCCAGAGCAAUAAUUAAGAAUCCUGUAAUUCUCCUACUUGAUGAGGCAACAAGUGCACUUGACAAUGAAUCAGAAACUAUUGUCCAAAAUGCUCUUGAUCAAGCCUCCAUGGGAAGAACAACCUUGGUGGUUGCCCACAAGCUCUCUACUGUCCGAAAUGCUGACCUUAUUGCGGUGGUUAGCGGUGGCUGCAUUAUUGAAAUUGGCUCACAUAAUGAACUUAUCAACCGCCAGAAUGGUCACUAUGCAAAACUUGCCAAAUUGCAGAGGCAGUUCAGCUGUGACACCGUCGAACAACAAGACCAAUCUUCCGAAAUUGGAGUCUCUUCUGCGACAAGAAGCACUGGAAGGCUCAGCACUGCCAAAUCAAGCCCAGCAGUCUAUGCAAAAUCACCAUUACCCCUAGAGACACCGCAGCCUGCAGCAGUAUCUCAUCCCCCAGCUUCCUUUUGCCGCCUUCUCUCUCUUAAUUCUCCUGAAUGGAAACAAGGCCUUGUGGGAAGCCUUUCUGCUAUAGCCUUUGGUUCCAUCCAGCCUAUCUAUGCCUUAACCAUUGGUGGCAUGAUAUCAGCUUUCUUUGUCCAAAACCAUGAGCAGCUUCGUUCUCGAAUCCGUAUAUAUUCCUUAGUUUUCUGCUCACUCACAUUGAUCUCUAUCAUUCUAAAUCUCUUGCAACACUACAACUUUGCCUACAUGGGAGAGUGCCUAACAAAAAGAAUCCGCCUCAGAAUGCUGGAGAAGAUAUUGACAUUCGAAACAGCUUGGUUCGACGAGGAACAGAACUCAAGUGGAGCAUUGUGUUCAAGAUUGAGCAAUGAAGCUUCCAUGGUUAAAUCCCUCGUGGCUGACAGAGUAUCCUUGUUAGUCCAAACCGCUUCAGCCGUGACCAUAGCCAUGAUAUUGGGUCUAGUUGUGGCUUGGAAGCUAGCACUUGUGAUGAUCGCAGUCCAACCUCUCACAAUUCUAUGCUUCUACACAAGAAAAGUUCUUCUGUCCAGCAUUUCAGCAAAUUUUGUCAUGGCACAAAACCAUAGCACCCAAAUUGCAGUGGAAGCAGUAUACAAUCACAGAAUUGUGACUUCAUUUGGAAGUGUUCGAAAAGUACUCGAACUGUUCGACGAAGCUCAAGAAGCACCAAGGAAAGAGGCAAGAAAGAGGUCAUGGCUAGCAGGGAUCGGAAUGGGGUCAGCUCAGUGCCUAACAUUCAUGUCAUGGGCUCUGGACUUCUGGUAUGGAGGCACACUAGUAGAAAAGGGACAGAUAUCAGCUGGGGAUGUUUUCAAGACAUUUUUCAUACUCGUUAGCACCGGUAAAGUCAUAGCCGAAGCCGGAAGCAUGACAUCUGAUUUAGCCAAAGGUUCAGCAGCAGUUGCAUCAGUGUUUGAGAUUCUUGACCGCCAUUCACUCAUUUCAGGUUCUCACAAUGGUGGAGAGGAAAACAGUGGAACAAAGUUAGAAAGAGUCACAGGCAGGAUAGAGAUGAAGAAGGUGGAUUUUGCAUACCCAAGUAGGCCAGAGACUCUGGUUCUGCGCCAAUUCAGCUUGGAGGUGAAGGCAGGAACAAGUAUUGGACUUGUUGGGAAAAGUGGAUGUGGGAAAUCAACGGUUGUGGGGUUGAUUCUGAGAUUCUAUGAUGUAGAAGCAGGAUCAGUAAAAGUGGAUGGAGUAGACAUAAGAGAAGUAGAUGUUCAAUGGUACAGAAAGCACACUGCUCUUGUUAGCCAAGAACCAGUCAUAUACUCUGGCACCAUUCGUGACAAUAUCAUGUUUGGAAAGCUUGAUGCUUCAGAGAAUGAGAUUGUGGAAGCUGCCAGAGCUGCCAAUGCCCAUGAAUUCAUAUCGUCGUUGAAAGAUGGAUAUGAAACAGAAUGUGGUGAAAGAGGAGUGCAGCUAUCAGGAGGACAAAAGCAAAGGAUAGCAAUAGCAAGAGCAAUCAUUCGGAACCCGACCAUACUUGUUUUAGAUGAAGCAACGAGUGCUCUGGAUGUUCAGUCUGAGCAAGUUGUGCAAGAAGCUUUGGACAGAAUCAUGGUGGGAAGGACUACAAUAGUAAUUGCUCAUCGGCUUAACACCAUCAAAAAUUUGGACUCCAUUGCAGUUGUUGCAGAUGGGAAGGUGGUGGAGAGAGGGACAUAUGCUCAGCUAAAGCACAAGCGUGGUGCAUUCUUCAAUCUUGCUAGCCUUCAAAGCUCAGCAGCAAAUAACUAAAACAUAACUAUGUAGCUGUAUGAAUAUGCUAGGUGGGUGUAUUUCAUAUUCGGCCUUUGAGGAGUGAGAAGAGAACUCUUUUGAGGGACUUUGAUAGGUGGGUCAGUGUCGAUACAAAGAGAUUGAAGUUUUCUUUUUUGGGAGGCAGACCUUAUGGAGGGCCCAAAUGUAUGAUUUGGUUGGGAUUGGAAUUGGGUCAUGCCAGUGCUGCUAAUGUUAAUACGCAAAGGGGUGGGAAUAUUGUAGACCAACUAGUUAGUAAAACCCAACACCAGAACAAGCUUAAUCUGGGAUUCGGGUUAAGUCUGUAGUUAAUUUCGGUUUUCUACUCUUUUCUAGUUCAAAAUAAAACUGAAAAAUUAAAAAAAAAAGAAAAACAAUUUUAUUUACCAA